AAUUUAUUCUGAUUCAUUGGAGUUAUAGGAACGCUUGUGUAGUGAUUUCUGUAAAUUGAAGAGAAAUUUGUUUUUGAGCGGAAGAAAUUCGUAGUCAAAUUCCAGGAAAAGAAACAAUUGCUGUGCGGCGACCCUGCGACAAGGAAUUCUCAAACCCGAGCUUUUGUAUCCAUAUAUAAUUUUCCCACAAUUGUCGCCCAGCCGAUCGAAUUCGUAACAGAACCCUCGAAUUUCCCCCUUUCCCUCUCCCUCCCUCUCUCUAAUUUACGAGAAAAGUGUGUGUGUCUCUCUCUCAUACCCGUUUUCCGACUCCGAUUGCCGUGCCGGUGGUGUUUCCGGCCGCUGUGAGCUUCUGAGAGCCCGCCCUCAGUUAUUUAUGUGAUCAUUGGUUUCUGAAGCGUUCUUUUGAAGAACUUGGUGAUUAUUCAGUUAUUUGGUCGAUAACUCGACUUUUUUCCGAAAAUAAUUGGAUUGAGAGUUUAUUAUUUCAGUUCUUUUUGAAAGCUAAUAUACCUGACCAGCAGAGAUGAGUGUAGUAGGUUUUGAUAUUGGAAACGAGAAUUGUGUUAUUGCUGUGUCGAGGCAACGUGGUAUUGAUGUCUUGCUGAACGAGGAAUCACAACGAGAAACCCCUGCAGUGAUAUGUUUUGGGGAAAAACAGCGGUUUUUGGGGUCUGCAGGUGCUGCAUCUGCAACAAUGAACCCAAGGUCCACAAUAUCUCAGGUAAAGAGAUUGAUUGGACGUAACUUCGGUGAGCCAGAUGUUCAAAGGGAUCUUAAAAUGCUUCCUUUCAUUACAUCUGAAGCCCUCGACGGCAGCAUUUUGGUUAACGUGAAAUAUUUAGGGGAGACUCAUACAUUUACACCAGUUCAGAUCAUGGCAAUGCUCUUUGCACAUUUGAAAGAUGUAGCUGAGAAAAAUUUGGGAGCACCAUUUUCAGAUUGUGUGAUUGGUAUUCCAUCAUAUUUUACGGAUUUGCAGAGGCGUUUAUAUUGGAACGCUGCUGCUAUUGCUGGUUUAAAGCCCUUGAGGCUCAUGCAUGACUGUACUGCAACAGCACUUAGCUAUGGAAUUUAUAAAUCGGAUUUCACAAAUGCAGCACCAAUAUAUGUUGCAUUUGUUGAUGUUGGUCAUUGUGAUACCCAGGUCUCUAUCGUAUCGUUCGAGCCUGGACAUAUGAGGAUCAUGUCCCAUACCUAUGAUAGAGAUUUAGGAGGUAGAGACUUCGACGAGGUUUUGUUCAGCCACUUUGUUGCAGAAUUUAAGAAGAACUAUGAUAUAGAUGUAAAUUCAAAUGUCAAGGCUUCUACCAGAUUACGAGCAGCUUGUGAGAAACUGAAGAAAGUUUUGAGUGCAAAUUUAGAGGCGCCUCUUAAUAUCGAAUGUCUUAUGGACGAGAAAGACGUUAAGGGAUUUAUCAAAAGAGAAGAAUUUGAAAAGCUUGCUUCUGGGUUAUUGGAGAAGAUUAGUAUUCCUUGUACCAAAGCCUUAGCUGAUGCAGGAUUAACUGUAGAAAAGAUUCAUUCUGUUGAGCUUGUUGGAUCGGGGUCGAGGGUCCCUGCGAUAACUAGGUUAUUGACCUCUGUAUUUAAAAAGGAACCGAGUCGCAAACUUAAUGCUAGUGAAUGCGUAGCUCGUGGUUGCGCUCUACAGUGUGCAAUGCUUAGCCCCGUCUUCAGGGUCAGAGAGUAUGAGGUUCAGGAUUCAUACCCUUUCUCCAUUGGCUUCUCAUCGGAUGCGGGUCCAAUUAGCUUGGGCUUAAAUAAUGUACUAUUUCCCAAAGGGCAGCACAUUCCGAGUACUAAAGUUCUGUCGUUGCAGCGGAACGGUUUAUUCCAUUUAGAAGCAGUCUAUACUGAUCUGGAUGAACUACCCCCUGGCAUAUCUUCCAAAAUUUGUUGUUUUACAGUUGGUCCUGUCCAAGGUACAAACAACUUGAAUGGAAGGGUUAAAGUUAGAGUCCAAUUGAAUAUGAACGGCAUUGUUAUUGUUGAAUAUGCUGCAUUCGUAGAGGAUAAUGUGGAUGAACAAAGGAGAGAUGCUACUCAUUCAAACACAGAAAAAAUGGAGACCGAACACGCUGAUUCUCCCCAUUCCGAGUUUGACCUUACAAGAAAAGGUAAAAGCACAAGGAGGAUUGAGAUACCAGUUAGUGAACACAUAUAUGGUGGAAUGACUAAGGCUGAGCUCUCAGAAGCUCGAGAAAGAGAACUCCAACUGGCCCAACAGGAUAAAAAUAUGGAACGAGCCAAAGAUAAGAAAAACGCUUUGGAGUCGUACGUCUAUGAGAUGAGGAAUAAGCUUGUCAACACAUAUCGGAGUUUCGCUAGUGAUGAAGAGAGAGAAGGCAUCUCCUCAACCCUCCAGCAAACAGAGGAUUGGCUAUAUGAGGAUGGAGAUGAUGAGACUGAGAGUGCUUAUUCUUCUAAGUUAGAUGACCUUAAGAAGUUGGUGGAUCCUAUAGUGAACCGAUACGAAGACGAAGAAGCUAGAGCACAAGCUAAAACGCAUCUAUUAAAGCGUAUUUCCGACUAUAGGAACACUGGGGAUUCACUUUCACCUCAAGUUCGAGCAUUGAUCCUUGGGGAGUGCGAGAGAGCGGAGCAGUGGCUAACAGAGAAGAGUCAACAACAAGAAUUGUUACCCAAAAACAUUGACCCUUUACUAUGGUCGAGUGAAAUCAAAACUCGGGAACAUGAUUUCGACAAGACAUGCCAGAUGAUCCUGGGAGCUAUGCCUUCUCAGACACAUUCAGGAGAUUCCAAGGAACCAAAUCAUCACACUUCUGAUAAUCAUUCAUAAAUUACAACAUUGUUUUCUCUUGAGAUGAAUCAAAGAUUAUGAUCAUUGUGCUCCUCACAAAAGUGGAUCAUAUUUGUUGCCACUGUUUCUAAGUCAGAAUGAAGCUGAUGAGAUCAAAGAGUAGAGCAACUGCAGGUGAUGACAGAUCCAAGUGGUGGCUUUGAUUUUUAUGUUUUUAUGUUUUUUUGUCAUUAAAUUCACUUAGAAACCUUCAUGAGUGUUGUUGUUGUUGUAUCAUUCUAAUGGGAGCUGUGUCUCAAUUUUGGUACCAUUUGAAGGCAGCCCUUUUUAGAUUGUUAGCUUUCUAUUCUUUGUCUGUUUUGAGAUUUGAUUUUGUCAUAACUUAUUAUAUACACAUUCUAUGGUGAUCAUGAACCACAGAGGAAAACAGGAUUUCAGCUUCA